AUGCUGCUGGCCAUCCUAAUUCUGCUGCUCGUGGCGGCAGCAGAAGCAGCUCCGGCGGUCUCCUUCCCGCUCAAUUCGCAGGUGCCGCCGGUGGCCCGCGUGUUGCAACCAUUCGACUUCCAGUUUUCAUCCGAGACGUUCACGGCCGGGUCGGGGGCGGUCGAGUACAGCCUCGCGGGAUCUCCAGCAUGGCUCUCGUUAGACUCGCCCAAUCGGAGACUGUACGGCACGCCCACGGCGAAGGACAUGGGAGCGCCGUCAUUUACGAUAAUCGCCGAGGAUUCCACGGGCUCAACGGCUAUGCAAGCAACCCUGAUCGUGUCCGCCGACGCCGCGCCCAAGCUGAACAUCGACAUUGCGGAUCCUCUGUCCCAGGCCGGGAAGCUCUCGGGCCCGCAAAGCCUGUCCCUCCAGCCGUCGAAGCCGUUCAACAUCCAGUUCCCCCCUGACACUUUUACCUCGUCGGCGACAGCGGAGCUGACGUAUUACGCCACUCUAAGCGACAGAUCUCCGUUGCCCUCUUGGGUUAGUUUCAAUCCGGAGUCGAUGGUCUUCUCGGGCACAAGCAGCGACUCCCCGCAGACGGUAGACGUGAUGUUGGUUGCGUCGGACGUCGUCGGCUUUGCCGGCGCUUCUCUGAUAUUUACUCUCUCCGUCAGCGCCCACCAGCUGGUCUUCAGCAACGUGGAGCAAACAGUGACGGUCACUGCAGGCUCAGCCGUCAGCGUCACGGAUCUCCGCAGCCAGCUUUCACUCGACGGACAGCCUCUGGCAGACUCGGACUUUGGCAACGCAACAGCCACCCCGCCCGGCUGGCUUUCGUUUGACUCGACGACGCUGGACAUGAGCGGCACCGCGCCUCCGGACGUCAACUCAACCAGCUUUGCCAUUUCCGUCGCGGACAGGUUUGGAGACGUUGCCAACACGACCGUCCUGCUCACGACUGGAUCGGGACUGCUCCGGAGCGCCGUCGGCAACCUGAACGCCGUUGUCGGGGAGUCUGCGAAGUUCGUCCUCAGCAAUGUGGUGACGCCGCAAGCCGGGCUCCAAGUCGAGGUGGAUCUGGGCUCAGCAGCACAGUGGCUUCACUUCAACGAGACUUCGCUCACCAUCGCUGGAGCGAUUCCGUCUUCUGCGACGCCGCAAACGAUUCAUGGAAGCAUCAAGGUCGCCACGGCAGACGGAUCGCAGAGCGACACCAACUCGUUUGACAUUGUCAUCAAGGCAGCAGCUGCGACUGGCUCGAGUGGGAGCAGCCCGCGCUCCACACCGGCACAGUCCAAUGCGAGCACGACAGCGGAGGCUUCGGAAACGUCGUCGGCAUCCCUUUCUCCGCACCACGAGCCGGCCAACAACGGCGCCAUCAUUGCAGUGUCUGUGGUCUGCAUUGUUAUCGCCAUCAUUGCUCUGGUCUUGGGCUUCCUUCUUUACAGGCGUAGCAAGCGCCCUGCAAGACCAGCUUCUCCGAACCGGAGGAAGGAAGACAUCUCGAGACCGACGUACCCUGAUGAGCUGGAGUGGCAGAUGGGAGACGCCACCUUCAUCCGAGACCGAGACGUGGAGAAGGGCGAAGGCAGCGCGACACGGACGGAGACGCAGGUUGGCUCGCCUUCUCCGUUGAAGAAGGCCACCCGGCACAACUACCGCCCGUCUCAGACCACGUCCAUCGGCGAGGCCGACAGCCAAGUGCUACACAGUGCCAUCCAGUCAGGCGAUUGGACCGUCGCCGCCGGCGCCAUACGUUCCGCGCCUGCGUCACACGGGGCCGGGGCCGGGCCCAGCUCAAGGCCGCUGGAAGAGUCACCUGCCAGAGGCCGCCGGUCGCGGAGGUCGUUCAGGGUGCAUCGAGACUCGCAGGACAGCUACGGCCGGCGCAGUGUCGGCCUGCCAGCACGGCGCCGACUACACGGCAUAGGUCAUGGGAGGACGUCGUUCGGUUCUCCCACCCGCCGCUUUUCCUCGAAUCCGUCUCGCGGCGCCGACAGCUACAGCUCCUUCAGCACCCUCUCAACAGGCAUGCUCUCCAACGGGCUACUUUCGCCCGCAGCCUCGCACUUCCCAGCACCGCCGCCCUCGCCCUGCACCACGGCCAACCGCUACUCCAACACCGAGAACCGCAAGAGCGUCCGCAUCGUGCCCGGUUCGCCCAUGGCAGACAACACCACCAUCCUGACCGACACCCGCCCGCUUGACGAAAGACGCCAGAGCUACAUCCGCAACCGCGCCGUGAGUCGGUCUCCGUUCUUCGCUGCCCACGGCUCCUCUCGCGCCUCGUCCAGCCAACGUCCCUCCAUGAUCGGCACCCUCGCCGACUCCCGCGCCUCUGGCGACGGGGGCGAAUACGCCGCCGGCCGAACCCUCUCGCCCUCCUCAUACUACGGGCCGCGCUCCACCACAGCCGGCGAAGAGCGGCCGCAGUUCCCGGGAAGCCUGCGCCGCAAGCGCACCGGGACCGGACGCACCGCUCGCGCCUACUCAGAGACGUCUUCGGCCGCCGACACCCCCAGCCGUCGGUGGAGAAGCACGACCAACCACGGCACCAUCGGGCCCCUGGCGGGCAACGCGCCGAUGGAGAGCCCGCGGAGCAGCAUGGUCCUGUCCGCCCUGAGCGACAGCGCCUACACCACGACCGAGGGCACCGGCACCGACGAGUACAACAGCCACAACGCGCCCUCCCCCGCCGACCACGGCGGCGGCGACCCGAUGGACAUUGACGACCCCGCGGACCUCAUGCAGCGCAGCGACGACGCCGGCCAGGGCUCCGCGUCGUCGAGCGAAGGUGCCGACGCCGCGACCCGCCCGCCAGCCUUCAUGACCUCCCCGCUCAGUCCCUCCGCGCUGAGAGUCAAGAAGCAGCAGCAGCAGCCGUCCUCACCAACCUCACCCAUCAGCCCCGUAUCCGCCGCCGCCUCCUUCAGCAAAGAACACGAUCCCCGCCACCACCACCACCGCGAACAGGCCCGCCGCACCCCCUCCCCAACCCAAUCCUUCAAGUCCAACAUCACAACCAGCCCCUUCCACCGGUCCCGCAAACGCUCCGCCUCCGCCGCCAGCGCCGCCACCACCACCUCCUCAUCAUCAUCCCCGACCAAACAACCGCCGCCCCCGUCGCCACCACCGCCUCUACCCACCACCACCGAAUUCCCAACCCACUACCGCCCAACAAACCCAAACCUCACCGACUUCGCCACACCCACCGCAACAUCCCGCCACCGCAACCGCAACAACAGCCACGACGACGAUGACAGUGACGACGACGACGACGACGACCUCAACCAAGCCGCCUCCGUCCUCCUCCGCAACUCCGCCAUCGCGAGCCAGCAGCGACGGAGCAGCCACAGCCACAGCCAUAGCCACAGUCACGGCAAUGACGCGUUUACCGGCGGUAGUGGUGCUGGUGGUAGUUCUGGUGGUGGCGGCGUAACCAAAAGCGGCCUCAGCGCGGCGGUGCGCCAGCAGCUGAUGCAGAGGAAUAGCAUCAUCAAUCGCGGGAGGCAUCAUCAUGCGGCCAUGGCGUCGGGUGGGUUGGGGUCGAAGUCGGGGGGUGGGGGUGGGAGGUUUGGUAGUAGUAGGGCGGUGAGUAGGGAGAGUGGCGGUGGCGGUGGUGGUGGGGGUGGGCUUGGUGGCCGGAGGGAGAAGGAGGCUCAGAGGAGGGAGAGGAGGAGGAGGAGCGGGAAUGGGAGUGGUGCUGGUGCUGGUGCUGGUGCUGGGUCGAGGUUCAGCAGGGAGCUGGAUCGGCAGCGGCAGCGGGGGCGGGAGGAAGCGGUGGCGACGGCGGCGGCGGUGGUGGGAAGGGAUACGGGUGUUGGGGCGGAGGCGCCGGGGGAGGAGGAAGACGAUGGCGAGAUGAGGGAUCCAACAAACACCGGCGGCGCCGGCGGCCUUCGCAUCCCCCUCAGCAUGAUCAGCAACGUCGGCGCCAAAACGAACUUCCUCCUCGCCGCCCCUCCUCCUCCUCCUCCUCCUCCUCCUCCUUCUUCUUCCGCUUCCCACCGCCAAUCUCUCCUCCCCCUAUCACCACCACCUCCUCCCCCGUCGGGCUCUCCUUCCUCCUCCUCCUCCCUCCCCUCCUCCCCACGGAAAAAGCAGCAGCAGCAACAGCAGCAGCAGCAACAGUCCCAGCACACCCACCACCACCUCCGCCCCCCAACCACCACGACCACCACCAACUCAGGCGGUAUGUACGGCCUCGGCAGCAGCGCCCUCGGCGACGACGACCGCAUCUUCUUCGUCGGCGACGAAGGCAUCAAGGCGCGGCGGCCCGUCAGCGUCGAGGGCCGUCCGACGCGGUACAGCAGCGUGCGCGGGGGCAUAUCGUCGUACGUGCAAGACGAAAACGAAAACAACUACGAAGACGACGAUGAGAAGAUGCAGCGAUCGGCGGGGAUGUGGAAAACGAUGGCUGUGUCGACGCCAUCGUCGCCACCGCCGCCGCCGCCGCCGCCGAUACCAGAGAAGAGCGAGGAGAGAUCGGGGGCGAAGACGAGGGAGAGCAGUGUGGUGGGGAAUGAGGCGUUUUUGUGA